CUCCUAACCCAACAUUUUAUUAAUCAAAAUCAAAUUAUCACAAAUAGUAUUCUGUGGUUUGAUUGCAAUUUGCAAUCAAUGAUAUGCAAUGAUCAUGGAUUAUGAUGAAAUAUUUUAACAUAAACUACUUAUAAAUCUGUUUUCAGAAAAAAAUUAUCAUAGUGGGAACUUGGGUUUACCAGUUAUAUUUGUCCUUUCAGUACUUAAAGGACAUAGUCAUGGCCUCAAAGAAUUUAAAAAUGAUGGUAUUUGACUUAGAUUUUACACUAUGGCCGUUUUGGGUGGAUACUCAUGUAACACCACCUUUUAAAAAGAAUUCUAAUGGCAUUGUGGUGGACAGCUACAAUUCUGAAAUAGAAUAUUACCCUCAAGUGCCAGAAAUCUUGCAAAAACUCUAUGAUGAAGGGUAUACUUUGGGAGUAGCGUCAAGAACAUCUGAAAUUGAAGGUGCUAAACAGUUACUUCAACUGUUUGGAUGGGAUAAAUAUUUUUCAUAUCUUGAAAUAUUUCCUGGUAGAAAAACUACACAUUUUAAUAACUUAAAGGAACAAUCUGGAAUUGACUUCAAAGAAAUGAUAUUCUUUGAUGAUGAAUUACGCAACAUCCAUGACAUCAGUGCACUUGGAGUAGUGUCUGUUUUUGUAAAAAAAGGUGUAGACAAGUCAGUGAUAGAAGAAGGAAAGCAGCAGUUUGCUUCAGGCGUAAAAAAGUCUAUAAGAUAGAUGAAUAAUGUGAUAUUGAUAUAAUAAAGUAUAAAUGUAGAAAAAGAUUAAAGAAUUUUUGUAGAUUUUCUUUUUUUAGUUAUGUUUAAUUCUUUAAAUUCUUGAUUUAUAUAAGCCUAUAGGUACUUUGUUUCCAAAAAUUUGAUGAUCAUUUAAAAAAUAACUCAAUUUAAGUUAUCUACCAGUUGUAAUUAAU